AGUUUUGGUAACGAAAUGGAUUUAAAAUGUGUCGCUAUUUUGAAAUACAAGUCCAAAUUAAGUAUAGAUCUGCUAAAAAAAAAAAAGACUGUUGAAUGUGCAUUUAUUUUUAUAUAUAGCAUUCUUUGGGGGGCAUGAAAGAUACAGAAAAACAUCAUGUGACCGCACAGGCCUCCAAAGCUGUCCCAUUUCUCACCAUAACGAGUGGGCAAUCCUAUUCAGCUUGGAACAAUGUUUUCACCCACUUAACAGAUUUAUGGCCUUCAAAUGUAUCUCAAACCGUUGGCCAUUUGCAUGUUGUGCACUGACCAGAUCACCUACAGGGCUGGUACACAAGUAUGUGGCAGAAGGAAAAACACAUUUUCUUGUGUAACAAGCGUCCAAAAAAGAAACCAAAUUGUCUAAAAGCCCUAAAACUGACAACUGGCACGAAUGCAAAUUUUGAUGGUAAUGGUGUUAAAAGGGCACAGGGCUUUUAUAAUGAAAGAGUUCCACACUUUGAGAGUUAUGGAUGUCCCCUAGAGUUUCGGGAAGGAAUGUAAUCCCACCCCAGCACCACCCCCCACCCUGCUUCCAUUCAUCCACUCACUGCAGUAAUGAAUGCAAGAGAGGAGGGAGGCUGCGUGAAGUCCACUUUCCAGCUAGUUGCACUUGUUCUGAGUGGCCCACUGUACCCAUCGCCGCCAUGGGGCGAAAGAUCAAGUCUGUUUACCUCCUUCCUCUCCUCAUUUUUACUGAAGUGUCUGCUUUGAAGAUACGGAACAAGCUGCUGGGAACAUGCUUGCAGGUACAAGAUGGUACUCCAGGGGGGAGAGUGUCACUCGGGGAAUGCAACCCGCAGUCGGCGUUACAAGAAUGGCUCUGGCUGUCUGGCAGCCAGGCUCUCAGCAACCAUUUCACCGGGGAGUGUCUGACUGCACCGGAAGAGCAGUUUGAGGGUGUUCACAUGCAGCCCUGCAACGUUGAAGGCCAAGUUGAAGAAGCUGGCACAGAGUUGGACAAUGAUGCAGGCAGCCAGAAAUGGUCUUGUACCAAGAAAGGCCACUUGACUUUGCUGGGGAGGGGGCUGCACUUGAGUGCCACACAAGAAUCUACUUUACUGUUCUUAUCGAGGGAACAUAAACAGCAGGGCAGUCGGUGGAGGACGCUGGACGACCAAACACUGUGUGAUGGCAGAGACAGCAACCAUCACCACCACAACCAGCAUCACCACUCUCUGGGAAAGUCAAUGGAACACGCCAUUUUACCAAUCACUGAUAUGGACAGACAAGCAGCUGAUGUUACAUUUAGUAAUGGCAUCACAGAAGGAUUUUCUGUCAGAAACGUGUCUGAUGUUUUAUUCCUGAGCACCAAAUCCCCUGCGGAUCCAACCAUGGUUUUCUUCAGCAUGGACUACGGCAUGGGCUGGAAAAUAACCAUGUUGGUUUUAAGCUCUUUGGCUCUCGUCCUGGGAACGGUGAUCCUUAUUCUCAAUGUUUAUUCCAAUAGGAGGAAGAAGGUGGUGUGUGUUCUGAAGUCGUACACUCCAAGGCCAGAGGCUGGUGUUCCAGGGUCCCCGGUGCCCAAUGAGAGAGCUCCCCUAACAGAGCAUGCCAUGUGCCUCCCGCUCUCCUCCCCUACUUUACAACGAGGAGAAAUCCUGAUUGAGUGGAAAGAUGGCACCGUCACGCCACUCUAUGAGGCCUGAAGGUUGUGCAAUUAGCACACAGAAUGUUACUGUCUGACAAGGCGGUUUUAGUGAAAACAGAUGAGAAAACAAAGAGAAGACUGGAGGUUUUUCAUAUGUAUGAAGCUAGUGGUAUUGCAAUGAUACAAAACUAUUUCUUAAUUUGAAAGUCUCUACUGGCCAUUUAUGUGAGCUAAUAGUUUAAGCAUCCCCGUUUAAAUUGACAUUUAAACAGCAGUCUGUUCCUAGGGGUUGUUUAUGAGCACUAAACAUAACAAAAAACAGUCAUGAUCUUUACUUGUUUUUGCCGUUUUUGAGAGAAGAGCCACUCAAACGGUCGGUUUUGAAUUUGCAGGUUUUUAUGAUACUGUAUCAUGAAUGGAAAAACCUCCUUCCUCAUGAUACCACCUCUGACCCACCCCUAACUAGAUGCCUGCCCCGUGAUUCCCCACCACUUCACAGAGAAAUAAAUAAAUAAAUACAAAUCAGGCUUCACUACUCAUCUUAAAAUAAAGCCUCUGUCAACUAUCCGUUGGUCAGCUAUAAAGAUGCGAGAGCUGUAAGUUUGAUCAUUCUGUUUUUAUUCAGGCUAAUCCAGCAUGAUACAUACGUAUCGCAUUUAGAACGAGGACUGAGUCACAUUUGAAAAUCUGAAUUACACAGUUCACACUGACAUGAAAAAAUCUGAUCCAGGUCACGUUUGAGCAAAAAAUAUCUGAAUUGCCCUGCAGGGCAAGUGUCAGGUUACAGUGUAUUGUACAUCUAAAAAGUGGAUAUCGUGCACAAUAACCCUUCUUGGAGACACACACUCUGUAAACACAGCUCACUAGCAUUAAAACUACACACACACAAAUCAUCGUGGUCCCAGUAGGGCUUACUAAAACCACUUUUAAAAGUGUCGAUACGCUUCCAAUACACGGUUACGGGACCUCUGAGACGUACUGUAUUUAAAAUUGUUGAAACAUAGUAUAUUAUGGGAUUUUUACAUAAAUGUCAUCUUCUGGACUUUUGACUGAAUGGAAAGUGUAAGAGGUUACAUUCAGCUGCUGGCCUCAACUCAACAGCUUGUCAUUUCUUUUUAUUCAUCGUAAUCUAAUAAUGGUUUGUUUACGGGUGCCUAAUUAAAGUUAUGUGUUUUUACUAGGCAUAAUGUUGUUAUGUAGUCGUGGCUACCAUGGUUGCCAGUUGCCUUUAAGGUGGGAAAUAUUGUGUAAUAAAAGAAGAAAUAAUGGAUAACCUUUAGUUAAAAUGUCUGUUUGGAUAUGUUGUGACUCAUGUAAUGCAUUUUCUUGCAUUUAAUAACAUUUUUCUAUAAUGGAAAUGAGGAUGUAGAGGAAGGAAUGUUUUUCGUAGGAUUUCAGGUCUACGUUGACCAUGACUUCCAGUGUAAAUUAAGGUAGGUAAUAGUUUGUAAGGUUAACUCUAAUCAACUUGUUGACUUACAGCAUUUUUCUGAAAUAAACGUUUGGAACAUUUUUAAAGCAA